UGGAACGAGGUAAUAGAAGGGCAGGAGGGAGUGGCUGGAUCUGCAAAGACAUGAGAGAAACAGAGCAGGAAUGUGAAAACAUGACUUACUGGGUGGAGAUGUGACAGAUAUCCAUCCAACAAAUUUUGCUCUUUUUUGGGAUUAUGUUCUGAGUGCCAAUGAUAGUGUGCAUUAAGAUGCUUUGCAUUUAUAUUUUCCUGUUGCUGACUCUGAGCAGAGUGGGGUUGAGCUCUCUGCAGGAUAGACAGACUGACUUUGGCCUGAAGGUCUUUUCACAACUGUGCCAGAGCUCUGUGGACAAGAAUGUGGUCUUGUCACCCUACGGUGUGGCCCAUGUUCUGGCCAUGGCUCAGCUUGGGGCUGCUCGAAAAACACUCAGGGCCUUAACUACUGUGAUGGGCUUCUCUCUGAAAGAGCGAGGGAUGUCUCGGCAGCAGCGGCUUGUGUUGCGGGACCUGUCCAGUGAGGAGGGGGUGGAAAUAGCCAGUGGGGUGAUGGUAGAGAGGAAUAUGAUCCUGGAGAAGGGAUACCGAAGGGCCCUGGCCAAGGCCUUCCAGGCCCAUCCUCAUCAAAUGGACUUCACCAAGGUAGACCAGGCAGUCAGCAUCAUCAAUGCCUGGGUCUCAGAGCACACUGCAGGUGCCAUUCCUGAGUUCUUGGCACCUGGAUCUCUGACUGAUGAGACCCGCCUGAUCCUCCUGAAUGCCCUCCACUUUCAGAGUCACUGGAAGGUUCCCUUUGACCCCCUACUGACACAGGAGAGGAUGUUCCACUGUGCCAAUGGCAGCACAGUGCCGGUGCAAAUGAUGAGACUCACCAACCGCUUUAACUACGCCGAGUUUAUGACUGAUGACGGGGUGGAUUAUGAUGUCAUUGAGGUCCAAUACGAGGGUGACUCAAUGAGCAUGUUCCUGGUGUCACCCUUUGAGCCUGGUGUUCCACUGAGCAUGCUUAGUGCAGAUUUAAGCAGCCAGAGGAUUCAGCAGUGGAGAGUGGAGAUGAGGAAUGUCAAGAGACAGCUGACCAUGCCCAGGUUUACUCUGAACUCUGAGGUGAAUCUGAAGACCACUCUGCUUAACAUGGGUCUGGGAGACAUGUUCAAUCUGGCUACUGCUGAUUUCUCACGCAUCACCACUGAUGAGAGGCUGUGUGUGUCAGAGGUUCUGCAGAGAGUAAGGAUUGAGGUGAAUGAGCAAGGAACCAAGGGAGCUGCAGCAACAGCGGCUGUGAUGUUUUCUCGUACGGCAGUGGAGGAGAUUACUCUGGACCGACCCUUCCUCUUCCUCAUCCAGCACAAACUCACAGGUGCUGUUCUCUUCAUGGGUCAGUUCAACCAGCCUCAACAACAAUAACCCACUCUGAGGACCUGCCUUCAUUCCACUGUGUUUGACUACUGCUGCUUAUACUUCACAUGAUGACCAAAAGUCGAAAGAAGUCAUGUGUAUGACUUCUUUUGACUCUACAGACAAAUUCAUUGAAGGUUUAUGUAAAAUGUGCUUAAUACAAGAAAACUGAGGCAAAGUGACACACAGACAUUGGAAACAGGAUUGACAGAUAUUAUUUUAUUAUCUCAGUUAGAAGCAGAGUUUAUAUGUUUACUAUUAAAUUAUUUCUCUGAAUGUUUGUAGUUGGUAAGAAAGAAAAUGAUGAUGACUGUGUGAGAAAAAUCAUUUUUAUCUAUUUUUAUAAUGUUAAUUGUAAUGUAUAUUUUUUGUUAAUGCCUUGUUGUUGGGAAGUUAAAGUUGUAUCUUUCAGUAUUAAUAUUUAUUAAAAUACUGUGUUUUUAGAAA